ACUACAUUCAAACAAAUUCCCUUUCCAAUUUUUAGUUCUCCGACAGACAAAAUUGCUUCUUCCUUCUUCUUCUUCUUCUUCUUCUUCUUCUUCGAACUCCAUAGCUGCUUCUGAAGUGGGUCUUCUAUUCUUCCUUUUUGUGCUUCUUUUUCAGCAACCAAUUUCAAAUCAAACCCCUCUCUCUCUCUUCUUUCUCUCUCUUUUCUGAAAAAAAAAAGGUGAACCGCUGCAAUAAUUGUACCUCUGCCUCUGCCUCUGCCUCUGCUUUCCCCUUUCUUAAACCUCCUCAUAUUCCUUGCUUUCCUUCCAACACUUCCUUCUCAGUUCAUAAUUCAGGGAAGGGGAACAAAUUUUUAAUUUAAAUUAAAAAAAAAAACAAAGGGAUUGAGGAAUCACUUUUUGCUGUCCUGUCUGCAUGCUCGACGAUUUUCCAUGAGAAUCAUCAAGGCCUUCGCUUCUAAUUGCAUACUAUCGGAGUCUAAGAGUAGAUUGCAUCUCUGUACUUUCUUCAUCGCCAUAAUCCUCGGUGCAGGAGUUUAUUUCAUUGCAAGUGAAUUUAUUACGAAGGAAUUUUUGAGAUGGGAGGUAUUUUAUACAGCACGUAAUGUUAAAUCCAGCACAUGCAAGGAUCGAUGCAGGCCUCCUGGGAGUGAGGCUUUGCCAGAAGGAAUCGUUAGUAAAACAUCUAACUUCGAGUUGCAGCCUCUAUGGGGCGGCUCGACCAUGCAAAAUAAAAUUCCGAGGGCUUUGAAGAACUUGUUAGCUAUUGCUGUUGGAAUCAAACAAAAACAUGUAGUGUCAAAAAUUGUUGAGAAGUUCCCUCGAGAUGAUUUCGACGUGAUGCUUUUUCAUUAUGAUGGCAUUGUGGAUGAAUGGAAGGAUUUAGCUUGGAGUCCUCAUCCAAUUCACAUUUCGGCAUUGAACCAAACAAAAUGGUGGUUUGCCAAGCGUUUCUUGCACCCGGAUAUAGUUGCUGAAUAUAAUUAUAUAUUUCUUUGGGAUGAGGACCUGGGCGUCGAGAAUUUUGACCCAAAACGAUAUAUAUCAAUCCUCAAGGAGGAGGGGCUUGAGAUAUCACAACCAGCUCUCGAUCCGGUUAAGUCCAAGGUUCACCAGGCGCUUACUGCACGGAAAACCAGAUCGAAAGUUCACAGAAGGUUUUACAACUUCAAAGGCAUGGGACGGUGCGAUGCUAAUAGCACGGCUCCUCCAUGUGCAGGAUGGGUGGAAAUGAUGGCUCCUGUGUUCUCAAGGGCAGCAUGGAGAUGCACAUGGUAUAUGAUUCAGAAUGACUUGAUCCAUGCUUGGGGCUUAGAUAGGCAGCUUGGCUAUUGUGCACAAGGCGACAGAACACUAAAAGUCGGUGUCGUCGAUGCAGAAUACAUAGUUCAUUUAGGCCUACCUACGCUCGGCACUUCUCACGGCAAUGUGCUGAAUUCCAAUGCUCCAGCUCUUUCCCAGAAGGACUCGUCAAACUUCGAUGCAUCGGAACCCAAAGUUGAUAAUAGAGUUCAAGUGAGGAUACAGUCUUCCAUAGAAAUGCAGAUCUUCAAGGAACGAUGGACCGAUGCUGCAAAGAAGGAUAGAUGUUGGAUCGACCCGUAUCGAUAGUUCCCGAUUCGAGCAAUGCGGUUAUUUUGAAGGGAAGGUGUUCCAUUCUCCACACAGAUUUUGAAGGGAAGGUGUUCCAUUCUCCACACAGAUUCUGGUUGUCUCAGAACAAAUUAUACCCAACAAAAUUCAAAUCACUGAGGAGCCUUUUCAUUGGAAACAAUCUCACUUUAUUUUUUCCUUUGUAUACAAAAUAAAAGUUUUUUUUUUCUCUUUCUUUAUGGGGUUUGUAAAUGCAUUAUAGUUUUCCUGGAAAAUUUAGGACUUUCCUUUAGAAAAUAUGAGCCGUUGGAAAGGUUUCAUUGUAAUAUGAAUAAUGUAAAGUUGUUUUGUGAAAUUGUUUUAGCUUCUGCCAUUUGUUACCAGAACA